CUGCUCCGAGCUCCUGCUCCACACUUCCACACCAUGUUGUUGCGCGGCGCGGCGGGUUUGCCUCCAUCUCUGCCGUCGGCACUGCCUCGCGCGCGGAUCCUCGGACACUGACGGAACCAGAACCUUCGACUGGUCCACCUCCGCUGACGGGUGCUGCCCUGCUGACAUGAGCUCCUGAAGAUCCCAACAUCUCGCUCUGAAGGUCUCUCGAGUCCCAGAUGGGUUCCCGCAGCCAAGGAUUCUUCCACCACCACCACCACCAUCACCACCAUCAACGCAGCUCCAUGGUGCCAGCGACGGUGCCGAGGCUGCUGCCGGAGAGCAGCAGUCUGCUGGGCGGCAUCGCGCAGAUCACCCCCAACCUGUUCCUCAGCCGAGGCAACGUGGCGUCCAACCGCAGCCUGCUCUUGUCCAAAGGCAUCACCUGCGUGGUCAACGCCACCAUCGAGCUGCCCAACUUCAACUGGCCACACAUGGAGUAUGUGAAGGUGCCGCUGGCCGACAUGCCGCACUCGCCCAUCUCCCUCUACUUUGACAGCGUGGCCGACAAGAUUCACAGUGUGGGGAGGAAACGGGGCGCGGUGCUGGUGCACUGCGCCGCCGGCGUGAGCCGCUCGGCCUCGCUCUGCCUGGCUUACCUCAUGAAGUACCACCGGGUGUCUCUGGCCGAGGCGCACGCCUGGGUCAAAGCCCGUCGCCCCGUCAUCCGGCCCAACGGAGGCUUCUGGCGGCAGUUGAUCGAGUACGAGAGGAAGCUGUUUGGCAGAAGCUCGGUGAAGAUGGUGCAGACGCCUUACGGGGUCAUACCCGACGUUUACGAGAGAGACCGCAGGGGUCUGGCUCCGUACUGGGGCCUGUGAGGGGCGGAGGAGGAGGAGGACACCUUUGGACUGCAGGCUCGCUACAGGAGUAUUGGAAGCCAUCAGUGUGAAGGUGGAGCGAGGAGAUGGCACUGGAUCCACCGAACCUCCAUGCAACCUUGGUGCUGCCAGAGACUACAUCUCAGUGGACUCCCUGUCCUGACAGGACGUCGUGUGCUGAUGUUGUGCCAGUUAUCUGUCGUGUCGAGAGCGUCAGCAUGCAGUCAGUCUAUGGUAGCAGUGAAAACAAGUGAUCAGAAAAAAAAACCUGAACAAAUAGUUCAUUAGCAAAGUGUUGGAUCGUGCAGUCCCUCCAGGGUUGGUGGCGCCAAAGCAGCGUCCAGUGGGGCAAAAACCUGGGUGACCUCUGUUGACUGGCUGCGAGGGUUCAGGUCGCUAGCUCCUGGCAGGAUUGCAGAUGCGCCACUUCAACAUUUAAAGAUGUUUUAUCUACCUUUUGAGGGUAGAGAAGUACAUAUGGAGGAAGUUCCUGUGUAACACAGGGUCGACUGCUCCAUCCUGUGGACACACUAUGUUGUUGUAGUGAUACUUGAUGAUGUAAUAAAAACAUGUCUAAGGGACCGCGAGCUUCUGGAGCAACUCUUCUUGUG